UUAAAUGAAGAACAAAUUCAAGAGUUACGUUUGAAAGUUAACAGCCGAGAAAGAAAAAGAAUGCACGAUUUGAAUUCAGCAUUAGACGCCUUGAGAGAAGUCAUGCCUUACUCUCAUGGACCGUCUGUAAGAAAACUUUCCAAAAUAUCAACACUGACUAUGGCAAGAAAUUAUAUUGUGAUGUUGACC